AUGUCUAACACCCCAGUUCCCCAGCACAUAUUGAUCAUAGGCGCCGGCGUCUUUGGUCUCUCCACAGCGCUCUCGCUCCUCUCCAACCCCGCGUACAAUGCCACGCGCAUAACCAUCAUCGACGGCUCCCCUUCCCUGCCAAACCCUUCAGGCUCCUCCGUCGACGCGAACAGGAUUGUCCGCGCCGACUAUGCCGACAAGCACUAUGCCCAGCUUGCUUCGCAGGCGCAAGAGCUCUGGCGCGACAAGAGGAAAGACGGCUGGGGAGGGGAAGGCAGAUAUCAUGAACCGGGCUUCGUGCUGACGGCCGACGAGGACAAAGAUGCCUACUUGAGGCAAUCUCUGGCCAAUGUGAGGAACCUGGCACAAGAUGGCGGCAAUGUGGACUUGAGCAAGAUCCGAGAAAUACGCGGACGAGAUGAGAUCCGAAAAGCCACGGGUUACGGGAGUGUCAGCGGGGACCAUGGCUACGCGAACUUCAACUCGGGAUGGGCCGAUGCCGAAGCGUGCGUGGCUUAUGCAUUGAGGAGGAUACAGAGCGAGAGUGGCGGUCGUGUAACCAUCCGCCCUGGUGCACAGGUCGCGAGGCUCGUAUUCUCCGGAAGCAAUUGUCAGGGCGUGGAAUUGGCUGGUGCCGGAGGGGAGCAGAUCCACGCAGACCUGACCGUCGUUGCAGCUGGCGCAUGGAGUCCCAGCCUGAUCGACCUUCAAGGGCGCUGUCUGGCCACCGGGCAGACAAUGGCCUACCUGGACAUCACGCCCGAAGAGCAGGCGGCAAUGGAGAACAGACCGACCAUUAUGAACAUGAGUAAAGGGAUGUUCGUCAUCCCACCGAGAGGGAACGUUCUGAAAAUCGCCCGACAUGGGUACGGAUAUCGAAACCCAGUGAAACUCUCCAGGGCGGUCAUUGACCCUGAGAUCGGAAUCUCGAACGACCCUGACAUUGACCCUGGAUCCGUGCAAGUCAGCGUCCCCAAAGUUGGCAUACCCAUCCCGCUCGAAGCUGAAGAAGCCCUGAGGGAAGCUCUGGGGGAGAUCCUGCCUCAAAUGGCCGACAGACCGUUCACCCGCACGCGCAUCUGCUGGUACUGUGAUACACCAAGCGGCGACUUCCUGAUAACCUACCACCCUUGCUUCCAAAACCUGUUCCUCGCCACGGGUGGCUCGGGCCACGGCUUCAAAUUCUUCCCCGUGAUAGGCGACAAGAUCGUGGCCGCGAUUUCGGGCACCCUAGAGCCCCAGCUGGCGAAGAUCUGGAGGUGGAGGAGUCGAGAGGAUUUGAGGCGGGAAAUGAAAGACGGCGGGGAGGACGGGGAGGAGUUUACGGGGUGCGAGGAUGGGAGUCGAGCUGGGAGGAAGGGGAUGGUGCUCGACGAGGAGAUGCAGAGGAGGAGGUAG